CGAAAGUUUUCAUCGGGCCUUGAGUAGGGAGGAGCUGCUGGGCGAGCGGGCGGGCGGAGGCGGAGAUGGCGGAGGGCGGUGGAACGCGCCGCGAGGGUCAGAGCAGGGCCUGGUCCUAGGAACUCCAGGCCCCCGGCGGCCGUGGUCCCGGGAGGAGGCCCCCCUCUUCCCGGGCGCUCCAGGGAGGAGCUGAGGUGUCCGGUCUGGCUGGCCUCCCAAGCCCGAUCAGCAUGAAGCUCCUAUGUUUGGUGGCCGUGGUCGGGUGCUUGCUGUUGCCCCCAGCGCAAGCCAACAAGGUGAGGGAGAGCUCUGAAGACAUCCGUUGCAAAUGCAUCUGUCCGCCAUACAGAAAUAUCAGUGGGCACAUUUACAACCAGAAUGUGUCACAGAAGGACUGCAACUGCCUGCACGUGGUGGAGCCCAUGCCGGUGCCCGGCCACGACGUGGAGGCCUACUGCCUGCUGUGUGAGUGCAAGUAUGAGGAGCGGAGCACCACCACCAUCAAGGUCAUCAUUGUCAUCUACCUGUCAGUGGUGGGGGCCCUCUUGCUCUACAUGGCCUUCCUGAUGCUGGUGGACCCUCUGAUUCGGAAGCCGGAUGCGUACACUGAGCAGCUGCACAAUGAGGAAGAGAAUGAGGACGCCCGCGCUGCGGUGGCUGCCACUGCCUCCCUGGGGGGCCCUCGCGCCAACACCGUCCUGGAGCGCGUGGAAGGCGCGCAGCAGCGGUGGAAGCUGCAGGUGCAGGAGCAGCGCAAGACAGUCUUCGAUCGGCACAAGAUGCUCAGCUAGGCGGGCCGCCGAGCUUGGGCCAAGGACCGGAGGCCACGGCCAGCUUCCCAUGCUGGACAGAGCCAGAGUUCCCUUCCCCACCCCUUGGUGCUGCCCUUCCCGGGAUUUCUCUUUAGAAGCCCGUGGCCUUUUUCCUUCUCCUCCCUCUCUUUAGAAAAGGUACAGUCGGCUGGUUGAAUCUGGGAAGAGUGCUGGGGUCCCUGAUCUCGGCUUUGCCGGCUCUAGUGCUUGGGCCCGAGGGGAUGGGGGUGGCAGGCCCGGACGGAGCAGCGACGUGUCAGCUGGCCUCAGGAUUGUAACAGUCUGUACCUCCUUACUUCCCCCACCGCUACUCCUCCAGCUCCAAAUCUUGGGAAUGUCCUUACCCUUUGCCGGAUAGAGCUGGGUCCUCAAGAGCUCAGUAUGCGGGAGGAAAGCAGUCAGCAUGUGCUCCGUCUCCGCCAUGGGUCUUCUGGCCACCUUCCUCCCGACCCCGAUACCUCAGCCCCAGCUCAGCCUGGUUCUAGCCCUCAGGACGGCUCUGAUGGGACAGCUGACGCCACUGAGCUGCACUGUCUUCAGGGCACAGCCAGACACUUGUCCCCACCCCCCCCACACACACACACGCUGUUCCACCAACGCACGGCAGUGCCGCUGCGCCUUGCUCCCUGUGGCCCCUGCCCCCUCACUCCCCACCCAGGAGGCCGGGCCAGCCCGCAUGUCCCUGGGUCUGUGGUUGUUGAGCCAGACAGUUGGUGGGACCAUGCGACCAGGAGGCGGAGGCAGUGGCUCUGAACACCACGGCUCCUGUCCUGGGACUGCCACUCCUCUCUGAAUUUCAUUGUACCAGUGCAUGGAGAGAAACGUUUGUCCUUCCGUUGUCUGUAAACCAAGGAAGCCAUCAUUAAAUUGUCUUAUUUCUCUCA